GAUGAUUAGAGCGGUGGUUUUAUUAUAAUUUUGUUUAAGAUGAUAAGUCACUUUACGGUAUUACGACAUUGUGGGAAUAAUUGCUGUUAUCAGUUUACCAGGAUAUGUGUCAACCGGGAAACCUCGUAUCAAUUUUAUAAACGGGAUUGUGGUGUUGAUGUAUACGUUUAGGAUGUGCUAAACAGCAAACGUGAAUGUGAUUACUGGGUUUAAAUAUGUCGGCGAAAAGAGUGAUUUUGUGUGGUUUUGUGGUGCUUUAUACGACUUUAUCGAUAUGUCAGGGCAGUUACUUUUUGGCGAAACAAUACGGAAACAAAAAAUACAUUUGUGUGACGAACAGUUCUUCCGCACUGAGUUGGAUUCAAGAAGAUAUUAAGGAAAAAUUUGACUAUGUUACAACAUAUAUACCACAACAACCAUCAGGUGAAAUGAAUUGUGACAUAACGGAUGAUUAUAAGACCAAAAAUGAUUUCACAAAACACCCUUGGGAAUUGCGACAUUCGAUGCAGUCUGAAAUUAAUUACCCAAUUUUAGACGAAAGAUGGGAAGCAAUGGAAGUAAUUAAAACGGAAUACGUGGAACCAAAUUAUUAUAAACUAAAAUACCAACUCGUUACAAACGUGGUUCUAAAAGAGAGUUUCGACAUUCCUCUUUCCAUCAGAAUCGAAAAAGAAGGCCACAUAUUUCUUUGUGAUGGUAAAGAUCCACCAAAAGCUCGUUGCUAUUGGUUCAUGCUGCAAGCCUUUAGUGGAACGGGCAGUGCGAUACGAAAAUGCGAAAAGGGUUACAUUAACUCUGAACAUGGAACGUGGCCUAAGGCACCUUGCAAUGAAGCAAAAGUAUACAUAAACCAUACCAUAGUCCCUACUUACCUUUCCAGCAAAAAGUGGUCACAUUUUGUUUUGUCUAAACAUAAAAAUGUAUUAAAAUUUACUCAGAUUAGUGAUCAUAAAGAGAACCUAAUAAUGGAAUGGCGACAUGACGAAAAUCCGAUAGACGUUAAAAACGUUUUAGUUCACAGUAAAACAAACAAUGGUCUGUGGAAGAUUCAUAACGUUGAUUUUCUUUAUACAGAUGUUGUAAGUAGCGAUGUUAAUUUAGGCCCUCUGAUAUAUGGAACAAAUGGAUUUGUAUGCAUUUCGAUGUACGUUACAAUGUGUUCUUCUUGUAAAUUAAUAUUAUCUUUAGCUUCUGGAAAACACAUUAUCACAAGCGAAGAAUUUGAAAUUAAGCAUGCAGGUUGGAACCAAAUUAAAUUUAUGACUGAAAACGCCUACUCUUCAAACGGAAUGAAAUUGUUAGUAAGUACUAAUAGUUCAGACCCAAAACCUUUCUGGGCGAUCGACAAAAUCAGAUUAUGUCGAAAAAAAGAAUUUCGAGUUAUGGUUUUAACGGAGGAGGCACCGUGUCAAUUGAUAUCUGAAUCUGAACAAAUCGCUUAUUUUAAAAGGUAUUCUCAAGUAAAUGUAAACAGUAACUGUCCAGAAGAUGCGAUUGGUGAUUUCUGUGUGCCAUAUAACUGGAUCUUUGAGGAAUGUAAACAAAUUACAAUUUGCAAAGGGCAGAAGUGCGUCUGUUCUGCCGGAUAUCAAGGCAAAGAUUGUUAUUACGAAUGUGAUAAAAACACUUACGGCCAUGGAUGUCAAAAACAGUGUGGAAAAUGCUAUUACUAUUAUAAAGUGGGCUAUUCCUGUGACCAUGUUCACGGAAAAUGUCCUUCAUCAUACUGUGAAGAGAGCUAUUCUGGUCCAAAAUGUGAUAUACCACCAGCAACAAUAUUUGCGAAGCCUCCACAAAUAAUUGAAAUAUCCUACACAGAAGCCACCGUCAGAGUUUCAAAUUUUCAACUUGAAAAUUCUAAAUCUUCUGCUACACCACUAUAUUACAUAGUCCAAUAUAAAACAGCCGAAGCUUCUGAUAUUAGCUGGAGACAAAUGGAUGAUCAGUAUACCCAAUUCAACCUGCCUGCAAAAUUUAAAAUUUCUAAUUUGACAUCAGAAACGCAGUAUCUUGUGCGAAGUGUUAUUAUUUCAACAGAUGGACGGUUCCACAAUGGUGAUCAUUUAAAAACUAAUAACUUUACGACAAAGUGUGAUGAUAUUUCCGACAACGAUAUUAAUAUUGAAGCAUCUAACACAACUGCAAGAAUAUAUUUAUCACCGGGUACCUCAGUUACUUGCAAAUCGUACACCAUAACGUUAUUUGAACAACAAGCUGCUGGUUUUUUAAACAACAGCGGUACUUUUUUCGCUGAUCUGAUGCCAUACGAAAGUUACACAGUCAAAGUUUGUGGAAUACAAAAAACAUUGGAAAAAAAAUUUACAACAACCGAAGGAGUACCUACUUCUGUUCUCACUUUUACGGCUACAGCUGCAUCGGCUACGACUGCAAAUCUAACAUGGACCGAACCAUCGUCUAUGAACGGUGGUUUUAAACACUAUGUUGUAGAAUACCAACAUAUAUCUUAUGUGGGUUGUAAUUUUCCUUCUGCUGAGCCGCCGACGAAAUCUCGGCGAGAAACAACAGACACUUCCAUAACAAUCACCGAACUGAUUCCUUAUUCAUUAUACAACUUUUCCGUAUUUGCGGUUAACACAAAAUUCAAUGGGCCGCCUGUUUCUCAAACAACAAUAACACCCAGUUCUGAGACGAUUCAACCAAAAGAGACACCCACUAUCGUCGACAUAAACACUACACAUGUCAGUGCAAACAUCGUACUGUCUAAAAUAAAAUGUGAGGACAUUCGAGGUCCACUUACAGUGGAAAUGAAGACUACAUGUACCAGCGAAUGGUGUCAAGGAAAAAGUAGAGAGCCCAGAACCGAUCAAAAAACAUUCCCGAAUGAAGCCAUCCUAGGAGUUAUGCAACUCGAACCUUUCUCAGAAUAUGAUCUAGAGCUUAAGUUCUGUCGCGGAACCGAAAGUUGCAGUGUACCACAAAAGAAAAAAUUCAAAACAAUGACUUCAGUGCCGAGAGUCGUCACCGAUUUACUUGUUUACACGAAAAAUGCAUCGUCUGUUUCGCUGAGGUGGAAACCACCCUAUCCACCUACUGGUAUUUUAAAAGAUUACACAAUUAAUUACUCUAGUUAUCGUAAAAAGAUCAACCAGGAAACAGUUGUGCCAAUUACACCGUGCACGCUGUGGUCUGAGCUUCAUUGUGCUACAUUAUCCGACUUGCCAUUUGAUGCAUAUCUUACAUUUAAAAUUUAUGCAAGAAACCAAGAUCCGGACGGUUAUGGACCAUCGAAGGAAGUACAAACCUUUGUAAGAAUUGACAAGUCUAAGUCUCCGUACGACUUAGUGCUCAACUGGACCUCACAAAACCACUUACAAGUAGAAUGGAAGCACCCAAAUCAAACAAACGGUGACGUAUCUUACUUUGGAAUUCAAAUUCUUAGUUCCACUGGUCGCCAAAACGCAGUAAUUAAUGAGCAAAAGUUAGACGUGUCGAGAGAAACAUACAAUUUAACAUACCAGUACGUGGUUAACGGUUCAGCACUGUUCCCAACAACUUCCUACAAAGUAGCUGUCUUUGCCUUCAACGGCGAAUCCGGAGAUACGACAGAAGGUACGACAACGAGUCCACCUGACGUACCAACGUUAUCAGAAUCAGAACCCGAAUUCGUUAGUUCAAACGAUUCAUUUAAAAUUUCGGUUUCACCGAACGAAGUGCGGGGAUCUACCGACACCUAUCGACUGUUUGUUCUAAAAUCAGACAAACAAACCAAUCUCGAACAGUAUCCAAACCUACAAGAAUAUGACCUGAAAAACUUGAAAGUCGUUGUUGAGUGCAACAUUUCUCAAAUAUCAGAAAAGUUAGAAAUAAAUAUUGGAAGUCUUCCGCAGAAUCCCGGUUGCACUAACAAGGACAAUUCUCCCCUGCAGCCAGCAACUAAUUACAACAUUACGAUCGUUUUGCAAAACGUUUUCAAAAAUGAAAGUAGAGCUAGAAUAUAUCGGUUUUACCAAACAACACUAGGGGAACCUAUUCCGCCUGAAGUAGAUCCAAGUCUAUAUGCCCUACUCAUAUUGUUACUCAUAAUACCUCUGUUAGCAUUCCUGUACAUAAAACGAAACAAACUAACGUCACUCAAAGACAGUCUACUAAAACAAGAUAACACCUCUACUGAAGUCUUAGAAAGCAAAGACGACCAGAUCCCUUUGGCACAAGUUACACAACCCAACAUUAGCAUCUCCGUUCCCAAAAAAGUCGUCAAAACACCAGUUAAGCCACCUGAGGACACCAACCCAACCAGCAAAAUUUACUCCAAACCCAUCAAAAUCACUGACUUUGAACAAUACGUAAAGGACUCGAUCAAAAACGGGGAACUUGAACGCCAGCACGCCUACUUUCCUCGAGGUCAAACUAAACCUUGGAAAUAUGGAUCCAUGAAAGAGAACAAAUCCAAGAAUCGCUACAACAACCUAAUCGCAUACGACCACAGCAGAGUGAUUUUGGAAACGAUGGACGGCCAACCCAACUCUGACUACAUCAACGCCAGUUACAUAAACGGGUACAAAGUUCUAAAGGCGUACAUUGCGACUCAAGGACCCAAAGUUGCCACUCUGAACGAUUUCUGGAGGAUGAUGUGGCAAGAAAACGUCAAACAUAUAGCAAACCUUGCCAACAUAUACGAAAGCGGGAAGAAAAAACUAGAGAAGUACUGGCCCGACAUCAACGAAACCCUCCAGUUCGGCGACAUCACGGUCCAGCACGUCUCCCGCGACGUCUACGCCGACUACGAACACAGAACCUUCGCAGUAACCUACAAAGACGAGUGUCGAAAAAUCGAACAACUACACUUUUCAUCGUGGCCCGACCACGGUGUGCCUCUCUACUCUCAGAGCUUGGUACCCUUCCUGCAAAAAAUGCUUCAGAUACCUCUUAACUCCAAGUCGCCGGUGGUGGUACACUGCAGCGCUGGAGUUGGAAGGACUGGUACCAUCCUGCUGUGUGACAUUUGUCUUAGGAUGGCGGCGAGAGAAGGUACUAUUGAUGUUUUGAGAAACCUGCAACUGCUGCGAGACCAGAGAGCCAACAUGGUGGAUAAUAUAGAGCAGUACAAGUUGGCGCAUUUGGUGGUACUCGAGUGCUUGGUUGGUCUGCAUACUAGCAUACAGUGCAGCGAGAUUGACGAGGCCGUGCAGAAGGUGUUAAGCAAUGGGUCUUUGGUUCUGCAGAUGAGGUACUUGCAGGACACGCAGUGGCAGGAUCAGGCUAUGAAGACAGUGGGGCAAGCGGGGCAGGAGGUACUGGUGGUACGAGAGAAGAAUCGAUUUGAGAAUAUCAUUCCAGAGAUUCAAGGGCGCGUUUUCAUCACUCGCUACCCAGCCACCGAUGAAUCCUCUUCGUACAUCAAUGCCGUCAAAGUCGACGGUUUCAGGAGUCCCGGCCGUUUCAUAGUGACCCAGCAGCCCCUGCCCAACACCCUGGGCGACUUCUGGCGACUCGUCGACGAAAACAGCAACUCUUCGUACUCCGUCAUAGUAUCUUUGAAUGAAAUCAACCCCAGAGACACCACAAGCUGCGAUUUUUGGCCUACGACCACCAACCCUCAAAUGAAACCCAUCCCUCCCAUUAUUCUCCGACACCAGAACACCCUCUGUUCGGAGUACUACGACGUGAUCACCAUCCACCUGCACUCGGAGUCGCGGAAGGACUUUCUUCCGGUGCAGGUGCUUUCGAUGAAGAACUGGCCGCCGAGGGUCAACUCCCCCACAUCUGUGGAAGAGUUUCUGACCUUUAUGGAGCAAGCGGAUUCCACGUCCAGAGGGACCACCCCGAUUUUCGUCACGUGCUAUGAUGGUGUUAAGGCGUCGGGUCUCUAUGUGGCCAUGUCGUUCAUUAUAGAGAAAAUGAAGUUGGAACAGAUGUGUGAUGUGUGUCAAGCUGUGAGGACCAUUCGUCACAAUCGCCAGCAGUUCGUACAAGAUCUGGAACAGUUCGAGUUCUUGUACAAAGCCGCCGUGCUUUAUAUUAAUGGAUUUGAAUCUUAUGCCAAUUUUAAUUAGUUAGCGUUGUUUCUGCUUUAGCAUAAUUUUUUAAUGUUAUUUAUUGCACGUAUUCAUUAAUGCUUUUUAAAAAUACAAGUACAAGUUCGAUACUGA